UAAUCUGUAGUUAUUGCACCGCCGCCAUAUUGGUUUGCUUGGCGCUCACUCCGUGAUUCUUAAUUUUUACGAGUAAUGACUGUUUUUAAGGAAUAUAUAUGAUUAUAUUGUGAUCUAUAAUUAGUAGACUGUAGUGCAGUGACUAUUUGUUUAAAUUAAAAUGGAUCCAGCUAAGAUGAAAGUGGUGGAUCUAAGAUCCGAGCUUGGCGCUCUAGGCUUGGAUACUAAGGGUAACAAACCGGCUUUAGUGGAAAGGUUAAAGAAGGCUUUAGAAGCUAAAUCAGGCAAAACUUUUGCUGAUACUUCAAUUUUAGACACAUCAUCGGAAGAAGUGGAGGAACCGGCGACGCCUAGACGAUCUGCGGCCGCGAGAACCACCCGCAGGUCAUCUUCAUCUCGGCUGGCUGCCACUCCCGCGAAGUUACCUCGAGAAGAAACCCCGCAAAUAAUUGAAGAAGAACCAAAAGAGGAAGAACCAAAAAAGAAAGAGGUACCACAAGUACCAUCAAAGGAAGAGGUGCCACCACCAGAACCAGAGCCGGAACGAGAACCGGAACCAGAACCGGAACCUUUACCUGUUCCAGAACCAGUUAAAGAACCUGAAGUGCCUCAACAAACUGAAAAACCUGAACCAGAAGUAGAAUCGAAAGAAGAAAUAUCAAAAGACGAUAUUUACAGUAUAGAUGACCCGAGUGACUCCCCCGAUGAAGUCAAGCAAGACACAGAGGGUACAGAGGAAGAGGAGCAAGAAACGAGUCCCCAAGAAGAAUCAAAUAACAAGCAGGUGGAUCAACAAAAUGAAGUGACUGAAGGGAAUGAUGAUGUGAAAAUGGACCAAAGCGAAGAAGACAAUGACGUAAAAGAUAAAAACUGUGACAAUGGAGAAAGAGAGAGAAGUCGGAGAUGGGAAAUGACGGAAGAGGAAGAAUGGGAACAGCUCAACGAGAGGCUCAUACAGAAGGAGCAGGAGAGACUCGAGAGAGAAAAACAGCAGGCCGAGGAGGACGCGAAGCGCUUAGAAGAAGUGAGCAAGGAUCCAAUUAAAUUGCAGCGGUUGAAACGGAAACAAGAGAAAAAAGCUCGGUGGAGUAACUUCUAUAAGACUAUAGAAGUCACCAACGAAGUGCUAGCUCCUGUUGAAGAGCCGAGUAAAGACAAAAAGGAUUUGAUAGAACAGAAACCGGAGCCUGAAUUAGACGACGACAAAGUCACGCUAUCUUGGUACGACAGCGACUUGAACCAGUACCUGGAGCUGCCGCAACUGAACAGCGUGGUGCCGCUCAGCGACGGCGCCUUCGCCCACGCGUGGGCCGGCGCGCGGGCCUCGCACGGCGUGGACGCCGGCCGACUCGUGUACGAGGUUCGUGUCGGCUCUGUAGUGACGACAACAGAAUCCACGGAAAAAGAAUCAGUAGCGAGCGGACUCAGAGUCGGCUGGUCCACGGAUGAUUCAACUUUGCACCUUGGUGAUGGUGAACUCAGUUGGGGCUACGAGAGCACGGGUCGCAUCGUUAACAACUGCGAGUUCAAGGAAUACGGGAAGCAGUUUUCUGAAAAGGACGUGCUUGGAGUAUACUUGGAUUUAGAAUCAACACCCUGCAAGAUAUCUUACACAUUGAACGGCAUUGAACUUGGUACAGCGUUCGAGUUUGACAAGGAAAAACUUGAAGGCAAAGCUCUGUUCCCUCACAUCCUCACUAAGAAUGUUUGUUAUAAAGUCAACUUUGGAUAUGACAGAUAUACAAUGUUAACAAAAACAAAAAUAGUACGGAAACGGUUAGAAAUACCGAUAGAACAAGUUCUAGAAGAAAAACGAAAACGAGAGGAAGAAAUAAAAAAACAGAAGGAAGAGGCGGCGAGAAGAGAACGUGAAAGGAGAGAAAGAGAGAAAAAAGACAGAGAAGAAAGGCAGAAAAAGAAACGAGAGGAAAGAGAAAGACAAGAGAAAGAGAGAAAAGCAGCUCAAGACAAGAGAGACAAAGAUAAUAGUAUGGAGGUUGACGAAGAGAGGGAAGAUAAAGAUAAACAAGAAAAGGAAAAAGAUAAAGAAGAGGAAAUGGAUAAUGAUGUACAAGAAGUACCAAAAGAAGAAGAGAAAUCGGAAGAGCCAAAGGAAAACGGUGAAAAGUCAGAUGUAGCACCUGUAGAAGUAAAAACUGAACCAAUGGAGACAGAAGAGAAACCGUCCAUUGAUAAGGACAGCGGCGAAGUGAAAGACGAACCAUCGGAAGACGUCAAAGAAGUCACAGAGGAGCAGGUACUCACUGGUCAUGUUUUAGACAAGAGAAUAAAAUUCGUUAUCAGACACGUCGUGGAGGAGGAGCUGGACGGCGCGGAGGCGUGCCUGGUGCCGGGCUACGAGCUGCUGGCGGCCGCCGCGCUGGCGCCCGGCCCGCGCCGCCCCGCGCGCCUCGCCGACUGCGAGGUCAUCCUGAUGGUCGGUCUGCCCGGCUCCGGCAAGACCUUCUGGGCCAAGAAACACUGCUCCGAGCAUCCCGACCGGCGGUACAACAUCCUCUCCACUGGAGCGCUUUUCGAGCGAAUGAAGGUGGACUGUAAGCCCUUCCGCUCCAGCUACGAGGGCAAGUGGGACGCCAUGGUCUCUAAGUGCGCCAAGUGCGUCAUUAAAAUGUUGGAAAUCGCCAAGGGAAGGCGCAGGAAUUUUAUACUCGAUCAGACCAACGUGUACCCGUCGGCGCAGCGACGCAAGCUCAGGGAGUUCGAGGGCUACCGCCGAGUGGCCGUCGUGCUGGUCGCCGACGAGAAAACGCAGCGCACGCGCGCCGCCACGCGCGAGGCCGCCGACGGCAAGGAGGUGCCCGACCCCGCCGCGCUGGACAUGAAAGCCAACUUCAGCCUGCCCGAGCGCGGCGCGUGGCUGGACGACGUGCUGUACGCCGAGCUCGACGAGGCCGAGGCGCGCGAGGUGGUGGAGGGCUACCAUCGCGAGGCGGCCGCGGCCGGCGCCGUGCGCGACAAGGACAAGCGCUCGCGCUCCGCCUCGCGCGACGCGCCGCCCGCCAAGCGCGCGCGCUCGCCCGACCGCGAGCGCCGCGAGCGCCGCCGCGACCACCCGCGCGACCGCGAGGACAGAUGGGGCGGUGGCGGCAGUCGGUGGGGCCCAGCGAGCGGCCAGGGAGGAGGUCACGGGGGUUCCGGCGGAAGAGGGGGUCGCCGGGGUGGUCGCGACCGAGGUGGUGGCAUGGGACCCGGCCCUACGCGCUUCGACAGAGGAUGGGCGCCGCCCCCGCCACGAAACGAAUUUGGUCGUGACAGAGAUAGUUUCCGUGGAGGCCGUGGUGGUCCAGGUGGACCUCGCCAGGACCGUGGUCCUGGCGGCCCUGGAGGACCUGGAGGCCCAGGGGGUCCUGCAGGACCUGGUGGUCCCGGACUAGGGGGACCUGGAGCCAGAGGUCCACCAGGAGGUGACCGGUUUCAACGUGACAACAGAAAUCAAAAUAGAGGCCCACCUCAUCAGAAUGACAAAAGACAAGGACCUCCCCAAGGAGGCGGCAACCAAGGUGGUACCGGUUCAUGGCAGCGAGGCUCGCAACAGCAGCCCCGCGGGCCGCGACCCACACAACAAGUUAGCAGACAGGAUAAUCAAAAUCAACCGCAGAAUCAAAACCAGAACCAGAAUCAACAGCAAGGCUGGAACCAAUGGGCCGGUGGCUGGGGAGGUUGGGGCAACUGGAAUAAUCAGAAUCAAGCAGGCUGGGGCAAUUGGAACAACUGGAAUAACUGGGGCAACCAGCAACAGGGGGUUCAGGGCGCUGGCGGUAAGCAGCAGCCACAGCAACAGCAACAACAGCAACAGGGACAGCAGGGGCAGCAGGGACAGUGGGGUGGCUACUCGGCGCAGCAAUGGUACCAGUGGCAGCAGUGGCAGCAACAGCAACAGCAAGGCUGGCAAGGGUAUCAGCAGCAGCAAGGGAACCCGCAGACCAACACGAACGCCGCAGACGCGGCGCAAGCCUGGGCACAAUUCUAUCAGAACUACGGCGGCGCGAACACCGGCAACACAAACGCAACAAACACCGCCGUCGAGAAGAAGUGACUCGACCCCUAACGACAACGGGCACACCGGUUAUAGCGGACUCUCCUGCGUAUUCAAAUGCGAAGUUCUCGUCUGUAUUACGUGAAAUAGUUAUGAAAGUGACUGAAUUUAAAGUACCCACUGUUUUUGUUGUUUCAAAUUAUAAUUUGGAAUUAUUUUAAUUAGUUUAAUAUAGUGAAUAUAUAUUAUCCCGGCGAAGAAGUAUCUGCUGACGAACGUUCACUUAUUAGCUUUAGGAUAAGGCGACGAUAUUAUUCUAAAAUAGAAUAUUGUUUAUAAAAUAAAAUGUAAUAGAUAAUAUAAUAUAUAACGGCGACAGUUGCAAAGAAAUUAUUUCGUUGUAUAUUUGUUAAUACCGUGUGCCCUCGUCUGCAACCGGGUCAGGAAUAUAACGUUAAGUAGCUUAGUUAGUUUGAACACGUCGUGAAAAUGAUAAAAUCAAAUUGAGGAAGUAUUUUUAUAUUGAAUCUUGCACUCGCCACGAUUGUACGUUUUAUUGUUGAACUACAAUUAUAAACAAUGUUUGGUAUGAAAAUACAAUGACACUGUAAAUAUCACAUUCUGUAUCUUUUAAAUAUAUGGAACUGUUAUACAAGUUUUGUAAACUAGGUAACCUGAAGCAUUUUGAUCCCUAGUUAGUCGUAGUAAGGUUUAAUUGUUUACGACUGUGUUACAGAAGUAACCGCGCGAGUGAACGAAGCCAACGCUUCGAGUAUGUGUGUACAAACAUUUAGUUUACUUUGGAUUAGGUUGAAUGUCUUUAAAAUGAUUUAAUUUUCAUAAAUAAAUAGUAAUAAGU